UGAGGGAGUUUUUCCAGUCUGUGCUAUCUUGUUUUAUGCGUUCGAAGAACAAACAUUAGACAAUACAAAAUGUCCUUUCGGCAUCUGCUUGUGUUCGCGCUAUGCGCCUACUGCGUUCGAUCGGAAAAGGCAUCCGAUAAGUACACCAAAAAGGCAAACGUACUGCCGGAUUCGGAGAUCUACGAUCCCGAUUUUCGCAACAUUCAGCGACCAUUUCGGAUGGCCAAGCUGAAUCUGGUUUGGACGAAAGCACAACAGCGACUUACCGAACCGAAGUUGAAAUCGCUGUAUACCGAGCUUAAGCUGCACGAUAAGGAAGAGAUCACCUACAAGCAGCUGAAGGAGAAGGACAAGGAUGGACUGAAGGAGGCCCAGCUGCGGGAUAAGCUGGUGCGCAUUAUGAGCAACUACGGGUUGCUGGAGCACUUUGACGAAACGCAGGAUCCCGAGAAGUACAAGCAGCACAAACCGGCCAACGGGGCCAAGGAUGCGUACAAGAACAAGAGUCUGUUCAAGGACAAGAAGCUAAACAAGCUGUGGGAUAAGGCCGAAACGGCCGGCUUCACGACGGAGGAGCUGGACGCGCUGCGGGAAGAGUUUGAGCACCACCAAACGAAGAUCGAUGUUUAUUACAAUUUGCUCGAGCAGCUCGGGGAUACGGAGCCGGGCCAGGAUGAUGACGCGCAUCUGAACGCGAUCAACGACGACGAGCAGGAUCGCUAUAAUGAGAUCGAUCGGCGGGAGGAACCGGCACCGGCCGUCAACAAGCAGCACGCGUAUCUGCAUAAAUCGAACCAGCUGCGUGACAAGCACCGCGACAUUCGUGACAAUUUCGAUCGUUUGGAGCGCAUCUCCUCGCAGGGUCCGAAGAGUCAGGAUUUUGUCGAACCGAAGGUGCAGGGCCUCUGGCGGGUGGCACUGGCCAGUGACUUUAGUGCGGACGAGCUGGCUUCGCUCAAGGUGGAACUGCUGCAUUACGAAAGCCGGCUGCUAAAGUUGCGCACCAUGCACGCCGAACACGCGCUCAGCAUCGAGAAGCACAAACACAGCGACGCAAAGGCGGACACGCACAAGCUGAUGGAGGACAACAUCAAGAAGCAGACGCGCAAGGUGGAAAAGAUACAGGAAGAGGUGGAGCGAAGAAUCUUCAAACACUCGGAACUCUAGGCGCGGAGAACGGAUGCACCAUUCCACUCGAAUCAUUAUCAUUUGUAGGGCACUGUCCUGUGGAGCCCGCGUGGGACCUAUGGCCUAUUUGGCCAAGAAUAUCAAAGCAAUGAUUAAAAUUAAAUGAACGUUAAGAAAAAUGUGGCGAUCUUUCAACCUGCAGAAAGAGAUCUGAGGAAUAUCAUCAAUUGA